AUGGCGCUGUACGCGACGCUCGUCGAGGCGAUCAACUCCUACACGGGGCUGACGCCUGCUGCGUUCUUCACGAUUUUGGCUCUCAUGGUGGGAGUCUACCGCCUUGUCUCCGGGAUGUUCGUGGCGCCCGAGACGGAGGCCGCGCGGGCAGUUCCGGCGGAGCCCUUCACCCCUGCCAAACCAGUGCAGAUGGGGGACGUGACGCUGGAGGAGCUGAAGGCCUACGACGGUUCUGAUCCGAAGAAGCCGCUGUUGAUGGCGAUCAAGGGCCAGAUCUACGACGUUUCUAUGUCCAGGUAUGCCUCAUCUUCCCGCGUUUUCUUCCCCAGUUUUCGUGUUCCUUUUCGUCGCCGGAUCGUAUGAUCCAGCGGAGCCGAUACAGGGUUUCUGAUUCUAAGUCGGAACUAACCCUGAGGCAGUGAGACGGGAGAACUCCUUCGUUUCAUUGAGAUUUUCAUGGUUCAUUGAUCGUAUAAAGGUGAAGUUCUUCGCGUAGGGACGGCCGUUACGGCGUUUGCAGUGAUCUCUGACGAAUUUAUUGCACGUAUUGUUCUAUAAAUAGGCAAAUAACAAAGUUCUGUGGCUCCUGCCCGGGCACAGCUUAAUUGCAGCAGCGGGAUGAACUCUUCUGCCGGAGGGGAGGAACGAUUUAUAAAUUUCUCAUUUCUGUGAGCACAAAGCGAGCACUUUAGGGCACAAAAUCUAAGCAAAUAUGCACAUCUAAGCAUCGUCAGUCUGGCGGAAACCAGCCAUCUAAUAGCUCAUCGGAUGUGAUCCAAACGACACAGCAGGUCACCCUGCUUAUGCAGCAGGUGAGGAAGACGAAGGAACUAACAGUGUCUGCAUAUAUCCCGUUCCAUUAGGAACAGAUGCCCAACUUUUGCAGCACACAUCAUUGGGGAAACAUAAUUUUCUGCCGAUUUAAUCAGUGCUGGAAAUUUAGGUGAAUCACUCGACAGCUUAGACUUAUCUCUCAUGGUGUUAACCCUGUUCAGGAGAAGGGAAAUCUGAAUCCGAGGCAUGCAGGAUAUUGAACAUAUAGUAAGUGCUAAAGACCCUCAUCAGAAAGCAAAGCUUGGAUGAUAAAUGUAUUUUUUUUAAUUUUUUUUAAUCUUGUUUCUUCUGAUCAAGCUCUGCCUGAGAAGCCGUGAAACCAGUUCAUAGGGUAAAGAAAGCUAUUAUGGAAGAAGAAUGGCCGUCUGGCAGCUGUCCAUGGUCAGCUGACCUCUUGUCUGGCCUUCACCCGGGGUGUUGUUCUAGCCCACAGAAGAAAGCUUUCUUGCGAGUGAUGGAAAUAUGAACAAGGACCAAUUUUUUUUUUUGAUCUGAGUAGAAAGGACAGUGGAAAAUUUUAAAUGGAUCCAAUGUCUACAAUAGUCAUUGUAUUUAUUUUCCAGAGAUGGUUCUUAUUUCUCUACUGUUAGGAAGACUCAGCGAGAGAGAGAGAGAGAGAGAGAGAGAGAGAGAGAGAGAGAGAGUAAAUCAGUUCACUGGCAUUGUGUUGGGCUGUGGUUACGGUUGUUGCUUGCCAAAGGGGAUUCCCGGAAGGGAAAAAAAAUAGCAAGGUCGCACAUUCAAUCCUCCAAUGAGAGAACAGGAUAAUUUUCGUUGCUAUCCAACAUUAACAUGACUUCCAGUGCAUGCAGAUUCCUCGUGCCUCCUGCUCUCCCCUCGUCCAUGCUGAGGUACAGGUGGGAGAAGUAGCAAUGAUUGGCUGGCCAUCAUAAGUUUGAGAACUACGAAAAACUGAUCGUUGACUUUGGCUUGUUGGUUCAGAUUGGAUUAAUUGUAGAUUACCAUCUAGGGCUCUGUGUUUUCUAUAAGAGGAUACAUCUCUAACAAGUCAACCUUCGUCGAGUCAACCAAAUGAUCCUUGUUCAGAAAAAUAUCUGAUGAGCCAAAGUUAUUGGGUCAUCCCACUCGACCAUGAUGAAGUAGAAGAACCUUUAUUACUCAUCAGAAUUGUGUUCUAUCUCAGAUAACUGACUUGCACCUAGAAGUCAGCGUGCGAUUAGUGAUUUGAGGGGUGGGAAACCAUGGCAGAUGUGUUCAUUAUCGUUCGUCACGACCGCUUUUCUUACCUGAUUUCUGCUGAUAAUUCGUAAAUUCUCAGAACAUUGAUGCGAGAGAUGUGGCCGUUGACCCCCUAUUUGCAGGAUGUUCUACGGACCUGGAGGCCCUUACGCGCUCUUCGCCGGGAGGGACGCCAGCCGGGCCUUGGCUCUCAUGUCCUUUGACCAGAACGACCUCACCGGGGACCUGGAAGGUCUCAGCGCCGCCGAACUCGACGUCCUGGAGGACUGGGAAUUGAAGUUCAUAGAGAAGUACGCGAAGGUGGGUCAACUCGUCCCCGUGAAACCCGCCGAGUCCGCCGAGUCCGCCGGGUCAGGGGAAGACGACGGCAGUGCCCCCCAAAAGUCAGCGGUCGCGUAG